CACCACAUAAAUGCGUGAAAAAUAAGAAGAAGCAUUUUGUGACUGAAAAAAGGUUUUAGAUCGUAAAAACUAAUCACUACGAAAACAAGAGAUAUCGAAGAUGGCUCUGCCCAAAGCUAAGGAGAUCGUGUCGUCCAAUUCCGUCGUCGUUUUCAGCAAAACCUAUUGCCCUUUCUGCGUCGAUGUGAAGAAGCUCUUCGGUGACCUCGGUGCCAAUUACAAGGCCAUCGAACUCGACACUGAAUCCGAUGGAAAAGAGCUCCAAGCAGCAUUAGUUGAGUGGACGGACCAGCGAACCGUGCCUAAUGUGUUUAUUGGUGGAAACCACAUUGGUGGCUGUGACUCAACAACUGCCCUGCACACUCAGGGGAAGCUGGUUCCUCUGCUGAUAUCUGCUGGAGCUGUUGCCAAAUCAACUGCUUAAAGGAUCUCCCAUUUCUAGGUUAUGCAGUUAAAUAAAAAUAAAAACCCAAGUAGUUGGGUCGGUUAUAUAAUUCAGGUCCCAGAAACUAAUGUGUGUAUUCCUGUGUGAUUCUCUUUAAACUACAACUCUGUCAAACAAGUCUAUUGCUGAAUGAAGUUAUUUUUGUUUACAACUGAUGUUUUCAUACAGUCACAUAACCUUUUUUUCCCAGACUCUGCUUUCUUUUUCAUACAAGUCAAAAGUGUGCCGAUGAUUAGUUCUGGUUAAAAUUUUUACUCGAUCUUUGUAUUUGGAUAUACCAAAUAUGACGGAUCUGUUAAUGA